UGGUCUGCAUCAUGUCUCAAUCAGUGAUGCAUCAGUUCAACUAGGAUGGAGUUUGCCCUCAAAUAACAAUUCUAACGGAUAUAUCGCCCUCUGUUCCAACUCAUCUCAUUCUCUCAAUGAAUCCAUUGAUCCUGGAGGGAAUGAGACCACUAUAACUGGCCUCAGUUCAUAUUCUGUUUACAAGUGCUGUGUUGUCCCGUUGCUAAAACAAGGGAAUGGAACAGAGUCAUGCAUAUCAGUGGAAACACAACAAAAAGCUCCAUCGUCUCCAGUUAUCUCAGAGCAGAGACAAUUUCUAAUACGACACUCCUCAUACAAUGGGAUCAGCCAGUAGCACCCAACGGGAUCAUAAGGAACUACACCCUCAUCAUUAAUUAUGGUGGAUCCACAAUUGAUCGAAUAUCUGUUGAUGGACAGUUGAGGAUGUAUCUCUUGGAUGGGCUGAGCAUUUAUCAAAGUGUACAGAUAAGUAUUGCUGCUAGGACUGAUGCUGGAAUGGGCCCAGCAGCUAAUUAUAUCACCGCUAACGUACAGCAGACUAUGGCUUCUCCUACUCUGCUCUCACUAGAGAAGAGUACAAAUUUGCUGUCUGUCACUAAUCACCAAACCACAUCCCACCUUGUCUGGACUCCGCCCUCAAAUACCAUAUACACUGUAAAGUAUUAUCACUUAACCCUCCACACCGUUCAACUAUCAAAACUAAUAAACAAAUGGACACUCCGCCCAAAUCAAGUCUUUAACAUCACGUUGACAUUAAAUCCAUAUGUGCCAUACAGAUUGGAUGCUUUGCUAAUGACUGAUGGAAGAGGUACAGGAAUGAUUUCUAGUGAUGUAUUCUUCACAAAGGAAGGAGCCCCUACUGCUUACCCAAGCAUAUCCAGUGCUGUGCGAGCACAACCAAAUGAAGGAAGAAUCUACUGGUCACCACUUGACCUCUGGGACAGUCAAGGAGUCGUAAAGAGCUACACAAUUUCUAUUGCUCAAUCGUCUUCUAAUGAAACGUGUGGAAAUACUAUCAAUACAAAGACUGUUGUGAUAGUGAGCAGUUCCGAGACCCAGGGACUCUCUCACUCACUUAAUAGUCUUAAUGUACAGAGUCCUUACUGCAUUAAAAUACAAGCAAGUACUAGCUCUGGUCCUGGGCCUUUUUCUCCUAGUGUAUUACUACCAACAUAUGCUAGUACUAAAAUCUGUGUACUGUUGAGUGGUGUCUACAACUGCAGCAAAUGGAUCUUAGAGGAUCUCAAUGAGAAGAUCAGUAAUGCAACCGUUGCUGUAGUUAACUCACUCAACCAAGCUUGUUCCUGUUCCAUCACUACAAGUCAUCUUGUCCAAUCAUCUCUUACAUGCAACUCAAGAAGAAUUGAUGGCAGUGCCUUAUUCUGUACUACUGUCAUUGGAACUAGUAAAACCAGCAGUCAAAGAUUGAGGGACCUUUUAAUAGAAAGACUACCGAGAAAUUCUCUUUUAUUAUCUGGACUGAAUCUCAAUGUUAGUAAUGUAUGUGAAACUGAGGACUGUGCACCAUUGGGUACUACGGGACAGACUGGAGAGAAUGAUGAGGACUUCUUUAAAGUAUUCUCAGUCAUUCUAUCUAUAGUGCUUGGGCUGUUUCUUCUGCUGGAGAUCUUCACUUGUGUACUCCUGGCCAAUUAUUGCAAUAAGUAUCACAGCAAGAAGUCAAAUCAGUGAGUUAUGCUAAUUGAAAAAUUCACAAAAAAUCCAAUUUUAAUUGGAAUUAACUCGAAGUUUAAAAAUAACAUAAGAACAU